AUGACGGAAAUACCAGUAACACUACGUAACCCUCUUCUUCUUUCUGAAAUGCAUUUGAAUGCACAAAAACAAAACCAAUUUUUAAGUAUUAUAAUUUGGUUGGCCUGCAACUCGGUGGAAACUGUGUGGUACUCCAGAAUAGUGGCGAAGAAAAAAUUUACUAUCACAUUCAAACAGAAGAUCAACAUGAAGGGAACAUUUCAAUAA